AUGUCGGCUUCAUUUUUCAACCCCAGCUUUGCCUUCAGUUCACACUUCGACCCUGAUGGCACUCCCUUGAGUGAGCUCUCCUGGUCCUCCUCUCUGGUGGUUGUGGCCGUUUCCUUCUCAGGACUCUUCACCUUCAUCUUCCUCAUGUUGGCCUGUCUGUGCUGCAAGAAAGGGGGCAUUGGCUUCAAGAGCUGGAGAAGCGAAUCCCGGGAGAAGAGGCUGAGGAUGGUUUUGAGGUGUCUGCCCUGCACGGGGCCCAGCACCGUGCCCAAACCAGCCUGUAAUGUAGAACUGGGGAACCCUGGGCAGCCCUCCCCCUGCCCCCUGACCAAGGAAUUCAGUAAUGCUGACGGGGAAGAAUAUCCUAGUGAAUUCUCAGCCCAAGGCUCACCAGCCACACAGAAUGGCCCUGAAGUUUACAUUUUGCCUCUCACCGAAGUAUCUUUGCCAAUGUCUAGGCAACCUGGGCGCUCAGUGCAGUUGCUCAAAUCCACUGACCUGGGACGCCACAGUCUGCUGUACCUCAAAGAAAUUGGCCAUGGAUGGUUUGGCAAGGUGUUCCUCGGUGAGGUAAAUGCAGGGCUGAGCAGCACUCAAGUGGUGGUGAAAGAACUCAAGGCCAGUGCCAGCGUGCAGGAUCAGAUGCAGUUCUUGGAAGAGGCACAACCUUACAGGGCACUCCAGCAUACCAACCUCCUGCAGUGCCUGGCUCAGUGUGCGGAGGUGACCCCCUAUCUGCUGGUGAUGGAAUUUUGUCCACUGGGUGAUCUGAAGGGCUACUUACGAAGCUGCCAUGUAGCGGAGGCUUUGGCACCUGAUCCUUUGACGCUGCAACGCAUGGCCUGUGAGGUAUCCUGUGGCUUGCUGCAUCUUCAUCGCAACAACUAUGUCCAUAGUGACUUGGCCUUGCGGAACUGCUUACUCACAGCUGACCUGACUGUCAAAAUUGGUGACUAUGGCCUUUCUCACUGCAAAUACAAAGAUGACUACUUUGUGACAGCUGACCAACUAUGGGUUCCAUUGCGCUGGGUAGCCCCUGAAUUGAUUGAUGAGGUUCACGGCAACCUGCUUAUCGUCGACCAGACUAAGACUAGCAACAUCUGGUCUUUGGGUGUGACUAUCUGGGAGCUGUUUGAGCUGGGUGGCCAGCCCUACUGCCAUUAUUCAGAUCGGCAGGUCCUCACUUAUGCCAUCAAAGAGCAGCAGCUUAAGCUUUCCAAACCACAGCUUCCGCUCUCACUGUCUGAUCGCUGGUAUGAGGUGAUGCAAUUUUGCUGGCUCCAGCCAGACCAGCGUCCCACCGCAGAGGAGGUGCACCUUUUGCUCUCAUACCUCUGUGCCAAAGGGGCUUCAGAAGCUGAGGAGGAGUUUGAGCGACGCUGGAAUUCCAUGAAACCUGGAGGCAGUGGAGGUUCAGGCUCUGGCUCCAACCACAUGGGUGUUGAGCUUUCCUCCUUCCCCCUUCUGGAGCAUUUCUCCAGUGAUGGUGAUGAUGUUCUAACUGUUAUGGAGACAAGCCAUGGCCUCAACUUUGAAUACAAGUGGGACCAAGGAAAAGCUGAGCAUCUCCCAGCCUCAGCUAUGAGCCCUGGUGGUGCUGCACGCUACCAUGAGCUCUACUAUUCAGCUAGCAGCAGCAGUGGAGGUGGUGGUGGGCACCUCACCCUGGGUGUGUCACCAUCUUGCUAUGAAUGUAAAAUGCAGGGGUGCCCUGGUUUGCACACACCAGGGGUGGUACCUGUGUUGAGUGCCCACAGCCCCUCUCUGAACAGUGAGUACUAUAUUCGCAUUGAAGAGGUGGCAUCUGAAGGCAGUGGGAAUGACCUUGAUUAUACGGUGUGCUCCUACAGCCCAGAGUUUAGCCAUUCUUCACAUUGGCAAACCAAGGAGGACCAUUAUGAAUCCAACAAUAGUCCCACCAUCUCACUCACCAUGGAACCCCUCCUGGGCCACUCAGCACACACUGAAAGCCACUGGGAACCCUCUGACUAUUACUCCUAUGGAGAACAAGACAAUAAAGAGGCCCCAUACUAUGAGGACUCCCUGAAGGACAGCGCUGAGAACUACCUGCUCAAGGACCCCAGUGCUUCUGAGUGGCCUGUUCUAGCUUUGGAGAAAAGCAUUUUUGCUGAUCCACUUGGUGUAUCACCACCAGUGAAUUACACCUGUAAGGAGGCUGUGUCAGACUCAGUUACUCUGGAAGUGGCAGAGGAGGAGCACUUAUGUGACAGCCCUAGGAGUGAAGGAAAUGAAAAUUCUGAAUCCCCCUCUUCACGCAAGCAUUGGACAUCCAACACCUCAGCCAAAAAUAAUAGUGAUCACCUACUGCCACCAUGUGAACCACUUUCCAAAGAUAGCUGGUGCUACCGGCACAUGAUCACCUUCCAGGGGCUAAUGGCACAGCCACUGUGCACAGUGCCACGGGAUGAGCCAACAUUAGGGAUCAAAGAUCUGCGAGCAGCUCUGCUAGGUGGGGAACACUUGACAUCUUCUCAUAUAGGCUCCCCAUGUCCAGACAGUGAUUUGCCUGCAGAGGAAAAAACAUCAGUUGAAGUUCCUGCUACAUUGUCUGGCAUAGAAAGCUCUACAGAUUCCUUGCUGGACAGCAGAGUGGAGUGCCCACCAGCCACCACUCCACCAUCAGGGGAAGCAGUUUUGAUGGAACUGUCAUCAUCAUCAUUGUCAUCAUUCAAGGAGGAACUUGCCAGCAGCAUGGAUGCUAUAGAUCCAGAUCUGCAGGGUGAAUCAAUAGCUGGGGUGCCAAACAUAGAGGAAGACCCCAUGGAAGAGACUUCCAUUGGAUGCUCACUUCAGUUGUCACAGGAGAUCAAUAUAGAAAGUGGCAAGAAUACCAGUAGUGAACAAGAUAGAACACCAGACAAGACUGUUUCAAGUACCAGUUUCCCUGACUUGGAUGAGGCCAGUGAUGAGGACUCAGCUGAUCUUACAUCUGGUGUUUUUAUUGACUUCCCAGUUGAUUGUCUUGAGCGGCAGGAUGUAAUACCCACUUUCAAAACCUUACAGAAACAGGUAGGGACUCCUGAUUCACUAGAUUCAUUGGAUAUUCCCUCUACCACCAGCUCCUGUGAAGCAUUCAGUCCCACAGCUUAUAUACCCUCAAGCCAGCCUAAGGCUCUGGAUAGUGGCUAUGAUACAGAGAACUAUGAGUCACCUGAAUUUGUCCUCAGGGAGCCUCAUGAAUCACGGGAAUCUGAAGGUUCUGAUAAACUGGGAACAUUUGAAGAUGAUAAGGAUGACCAAGCCAAAGAGCAGAGCCUUUCUGAUUCCUUUACUGCUGAGUUGCAGGCCUUGAAUGAGAAGAAUCCUUACCGUGACUCUGCCUACUUCUCUGACUAUGAUACAGAAGGUGGAACUCGGGAGGAUGGGGAAGAGGACAGUGAUGCUUCUGAGGAACAUGAACUAGAGGUCUCCCAAUUGCACACUGAAGAACUGAAGGAGAACUCUGAACAAACUGGCAGAACAGGCAAGCCUCUGUCUUCUGGUUCUGAGCCCAUUUGUCCACAUGGAGACUGUGUGGGUUGCAUCUCUCCAGGAACUGAGGACCAGGACACAGGGGAAGACAGAGAUAUUAACUUGUCACAGGAACUAUUGAUGAAUGAAGGGACUGUUGAUGAGUUAGACUCAAACUUAUUUCAAGAUAAGAAUAAUGGGACAGUUGUGGAAUCCCAGACACCAGCCCCUGCCACCAGAUCUUUCUUCUUGUCUCCUGUAGUCACCAAUCUAGAGGUAGCCACAAUAGGUGGUGAAGAAAAUGAGGUAAAGGAUGUAGGGCAGGAGAGUGUGACAAGGAACACUAAACAGCAUGAGGAAAGACAGGUAAUUGGCCAUCCCAAGGAACCUCAGAGCAGCCCUGGGCUCUCACUGGAACUGUCAGUAGUACCAUCCCAGCUCUCAUCUAUCCCCACUGAUCUUGAAGAGGAAGAAGAUGACACUGAGGACAGUGAUGAGUCAGAUGAGGAGCUGCGGUGCUACAACAUUCAGGACCAGAGUGAGGAAAGUGAGGAGGAAUCACCUGCUGUGCCCAUUGUGGUGGCUGAGAGCCACAGCGCUCGCAACCUGCGCAGUCUGCUUAAGAUGCCCAGCCUAUUGGUGGAGACCUUUUGUGAUGAUCUUGACCGCAAGAAGAAAGCUGUUUCCUUCACUGAAGAUGUCACUGUCUACCUCUUUGACCAGGAAAGCCCCACGAAGGAACUUGCAGAGCAGCCUUUCCCAGGAGUGACAGAAACUUCCCCAACACCACCUGUGCAGGUGGAGAGCAAAAGUCCCCCAGGCUUAGCAGAUGGGACAAAUACACCCAACAGCGCCUCAGAAGGGAGCACCUCUGAAGAGAAUAAAAGUGGUGGCUUUGGGUGGGAUGAUGACUUUUCUCUCAUGCCUAUGAAAUCGCCUGUCCUGUCCUCAUUGGCUUCAGAGGCACCUGAGGACGGUCUCCCCGGACUGCCACCCACACCAGGACCUGCUCAGAAGCAGGUGCUACCAAUCCAGUUUUCACGCUUCACAGUCUCACCUGCUGCAGUAUCACGGUUCUCCAUCACACAUGUCACCGACUCAGAAGUUGAGCCCAUAGGAGGCAACAGUGAAAAUGGCAACAGAGAGUGACCUUGGCUAUCUCUUCCUUUUGGACUUCCCACCUUGCCCCCAUGGCACUGGUUUCUGCAUCAGGGCACAGGAGUACAGAUUGAGGCCCAGGACCUGGCUGGAGCAGAACUCUACAGGGCCUCAUGCAAUUUUUUUAAGAGGCAGAUUUUAUUGGACAGAUCUUGACUGCUGCUAGGCUGGAACCACAAGGUGGUUCGUGAUGGUUGUGCAAACAUGAGUGUGUGUGUGCAUGUGUGCAUACACAAGAAAGUGUUUGUGUACAAAUAGACAUAUAUAGACAUAUAGAACCUAUAGCAUUUAAAGGGUAGAUCUGUGACCUUGCUAACAUUGCCACAUAAGCCAUUUUAAUACUCCUGUCCCUAGCUCAUGCCUCUUGAUGUUCUGACCCACAUUGGCUUCCCCAGUUGGGGCGCUGCCAUGAGACAUCCUCUCCCUGCCUGUUCUGUGAGCUUGUCGUGUCUUCUUUCCACACCCUACAGGGGAUAUUGAGAGAGCACGUAGCCUCGCACCUUGUGCCAUUCAGACAUGCUUCAGGUGGGUCCUCAAGCACUGGUACUUGCGCGUUGCCCACAGCGGGUAGGCGCUCCUUGUCCUUCCUCCAGUGUGCUGUGUCCGAAGAUCAGGUGGAGCUGAUGGCCCAGGUAACCCAGUAAAUUACCGGAAAAGCCAGAGAAAAGGGUAGGCCAAACACCAGAAGCAGGUAGGGGAGCCAGCUGAAGCGAAAGUCACAUUUAAUGUUUUGAGCAGGGAAGGCUCCUGAACUCAGCAGCCAUUCCCCCUUUUUGCUUAUGUUUUUCACUGACCCUGGGUUGCUAUUGCUCAGCUGCAUCAUGGUUAAGGAGCUUGCUGUUUAAAGUUGUUCCCCCCCUACCCCCUUUUGGGAGUCAGGGCCUUGUUCCAGCUACUCAGCUCUGCUAAAGGCCUUGCCUUCUGUUAUGGGCAAGAUCAAUUUGAGCAGCGCAGAAGUGGUGCCUUGAUGGCCUUCAGCACUUCCCAUUUCUCUUUCUUGGCCUGGGGAGAAAUAUGUCCUGCAGCCUGUCUCACAGGGGGUGGGAUGGGAGGAAGUACAGGAAAUAAGAAACAAAUUUAUUUAAAUGCUUUGCUGGCUGGGAGAGACUGUGGUGCUGAGAUCUACCAAUGCCACUUUCCCAUUUUCUGUCAGCUUCAUCCUUUCCCUGCUACAGCAUAAUUUGGGUAGUGCCUCCCUAGAGAGCCAUGAUGUGACCUGCUGGGAAUGUGAGAGAAAUGUCAAGUCUUGGGGGUGGGUUUUUUUUCCAACUUCCCUUUGUGACCCUUCGAGUAAUUCAUCUGCAGGAAGAGACUCCUGGCAGAUGUACAGCAAAAGCAGAUCAAACUGCCACUGAGACUAUUUUUGUACAAAGUUUACCCUUUGCUGUAUCUCCUGCCCUAACAGAGUGGCAGGCUUAAGUUAUUGUUGCCAAAGAGAUGUAAAGAGUUAACUUUUAUUGAGCCGUCUUGGGGCAAGGGGGGUGUAAAGGAAAAUACUACAUUUUGGGAUUAUUUUGUUUGUUAGAUUUUGAUUAGUUUAAGGUUUAGGAUAAUUGUGCAAUUUGGACCAUGGGGAAAAAGGGAAAAGCGUCAGGGGAGUUGUGGCUUUUGGGGACUAUAGACCAGUCACUGGCUUUGGAAACUGAGGGCCAGACAGACAAGUGCAAAAGGCAGCUGCUAGCCACUGGGCCAUUUCCUCAUUGGGUCAGAGGAAACGCAUAGAAGGAGAUCUUGCAGAGCUGCAGAACCUCCCUGCAUUAUGCUCCAUUGUGCUUUCCAGUUUAGGUUCUGUUGUAGCUACAGGUGGCAAGCUUGGCACUGGAGCUGAUGCUGGCCUCUCUUCUUUGGCCGAUGAGCACAGCUUUCAUUUUCAUGUAUCCAUAAACAUAGCCGUGUGUAAGGCAGCGAUUCACUAUCCCUCUAUCAGGCAGUGUUCAGGUGAUAGUGACAUUCAGGUUUUCUUGCUUACGUUCUCCUGCCACUGCCACUCGUCCCUCCAUCCACCUCAGUUCUAGCCAGCUGGAGAUGUGUUUAAUAAGGUGAAAUUCUAAGCACAGACUUAGUGGAACAAGAAAUCUUUGAGAUGCUCUAUGCUUUGAGCCGGUUACGUCUUUUCCCAUAGACAGAAUACUUUGCGUGUCUAACAUUUCUGCUAAGAUCCCUUUUUGAGUUCUGUUGUCCUUGCCCAAAGUGGUAUUGGAUGUGAAUGGUUACCAUGAUCCGUUCACAGCCUCCUUGGGUGGUGAUGUGCAUGCAUUUUGCUCCACUCCUUCUGAAACCCACUAUGGGCAAUACGGAUGCUGCAGUCUCAUUUCUCCUGCUGCUGGUUGGUGAACCCAAAUUAAUAACGCUUGUCCUUCCUUGGACUACCAUAUAUUUCCUUACCAUUAGCAUGAUCAGAACAUAACAGCCUGCUUGUUUGUGGGCUUAGCCCAAUGACAGGGCAAUCCUACCUGCUUUUUUGGAGAGCUCCUGAAUCCGAGUCCCUGAGAAAAUGAAUACCCUACCAGGCUCCAGCAUGGAGCUGGAGUUAGGGACAUCAUUCCUGUUCCUUCUUGGCCUUUUCCCUUACUUGUUUAAGGGCUGGUUUAAAUUUGAUGCCAACUUGGGAAGGAGGCAACACUGAAGAACCAUGAGGACCCACACCAGCAGAUACUGAACCCAGAGGCUAGGGAGAGCUGAAGGGAACCUCUGCAUAUUUUGCUGUCUGCAGUUUGCCCACCAACAUCAAAGGAAAGACAGGAUUACUUUUCCAACUUGAACUGCGCACGUUCCAGAAUUUCAAUCCAAGCAAGUCCUUCUGUCCAAUUGCUUUGGAAAGAAACGUGUGUGAACUGUAGUUGUUUUCCAGUGAGUGUAAUUUAUUGGCCUCUGUGGGCUGAAUGCACUUUCAAAAUACUUCUCUAUGUUACAAAUCAAUUUGGGAGCAGCUGGGAUGUAUGCCAUGGCACAAGGGUUUAGUGGAGGUCUCCUUCUUUCUCCCCUCAUUGGGUGUAGAACACAUUAGCAUCAUCUGGAAAUGGAAACUGGGGGUCUACAUUUCCCCACCCAGUCUCCAUCCUUCUGCAAGUGAUGGCAUAUAAUUUCUUGAGCAUUCAAAGACUGGAGCCUGGGUUGGUUAGGACAGGCUAAAUGAGGAACAGAUACAGUCUUGGCCUCUUGCCUUGGUAAUGGAUCUGAGUAAAGAAUAAGAGUGUACUGGACCUCCAGGUGGUUCUUCUUCAAACAUGCAGCUCGCUACCUGACUACCCCCUUUAUGGUGGGUAAAUACUGUGGUCAGAAAUAAUGUAGCCACUGAAAUUCUUAAAAGAUUAACCAAUGAAUAGAGUUCUUGAUUUUCUACAAUAUACCCAGAGUUCCAUUUCUCUACCCAGUUAUAGUUUAGAAAAAUCCACAGGUACUUGGAAAGACCAGGCUUGUAAGAAAUCCCAAGCCCCAGUAAAUCCAAGAACAAACAAUUAAGGUGCAUACAUGUGAUUCCUGCUCAUGUCUUUGUUUCUUAUUGGUAAAAUGUUAUAUAUAUUGUCUAUGAAAUUGCUCCUACAUUACUUACUAUCAGCAACACUUUGCAAAGUGGAUUCCAGCCAGAGCAGAGCUGCCGCACUGUGCCAAAAAUUAGGACAAACAAUUACAGUUGAUUAUCCCUUUGUUUCUGGCUCAAGAAUUCUCCAUAGUGAUGACAGAUGCAAAAAGGCAACCUGGAGAAAGUCUGCUUUUCUUGCUGGGUCAACUGGUUUAAUUGCUGAAAUGCACAAUCUCCCGUUACUGUCCUAAUAUCUACCCUAGGGCAGUGGUGAGGAAUCUAUGGCUUUCUUAGGCUACCAAACCACAGCUCCCAGCACUGCUCACCAUGGGAUAUGCUGCCAGGGGUUGUAGUUCAGCAGCAUCUGGAAGGCUACAGGUUUCCCACCCUUGUCUGAGGAGCUAGUAUGUUGCCCUCUGAGGUACUGCGCCUGUUAAAAACCAAGAUGCUUUGGGGGGGGGGGGGGGGAACUACAUUUUCCAGUGGGAUCAUUCUGUUUCCAUAGUCACAGUAAUCUAGCAUAAAACUCCCGCUGAUAAAAAAAAAAAGGGAGAGAUUAUUAUAAUUAAUUUCUUCCUUUCUUUGCAUUCUCAGAUCAUUUUCAGAACCUGGAAUGGGAAGAAGAGUUGGGGACUUAAUAGGCAGAAGUACUGGGGAAUAAAAGCUGGAUCCAUCCAUAGAAUGAAUCUUUGUUCACUCAUUUUAUACUGGGCAUCUCUGUGAUGCUGUCACAACCCACCCACCCCUGCUCUUUUUUCCUGUUUCUUCCACUUCUAUUUGGACUUUACAAACAUCACAAGUGAACUUCAACUUUUAAUGGUUUUGACAUGUGCUGUCACUGCACUGAUCUGUUUGGCACCAUGCUAUUCACUUUCAUAGAUGGACAGAUGAAAAAUUGCACUAAAAUGCACUUUCCCCGAAAAUGAAUAAAAAUUGAGCAAUAACUUGAAUUAAAAAGCACUUUACUCCCAAUUUUAAAAAGACUAAAGGGGGAGGCUGCAUUUUUGUUCUCCUAUCCAUAUAGCUUUAUGUACAUGUACCUCCUUGUACAUGUGAAGUACUGCAGAACGUGCACAGGCUGAUAAAGUAGGAUAUCAGUCAAUGGAUAGAAUAUUUUUGCUGAAUGCAUCAGCGACUCUAAACUGG